AUGGACAAUCGUAGACAAAAGCGGUCGUCAGGAGGUCCCGUGACACCAACGAAAAGGGACUCAGAGACUGGGAAUUCCCCGGAUUCAAUACAAGCUCCGACUCUGCCUUUAAAGGAGUCCCGAACAGGUCGGAGGCCAUCGGGAAAUGAUGGCGUUCCGGGGAAAACAGUUUCAUCAGCGCCCAGUCUCAGGCGACGAUUGACUAGGAAGAUCGAGUAUACGCCCAGUAAAUACAAGGAUGAUGAUGAAUACAUCGGUUUUGCUACACUCCCGGAGCAGGUUCAUAGAAAAGCUGUGAGGAAAGGCUUUGACUUCACACUAAUGGUUGUUGGUGAAAGUGGACUGGGCAAGUCAACCUUAAUCAACAGUCUGUUUCUGUCAGAGCUCUACAAGGACAGGGAAUUACCCAGUGUACAAGACAUGGUACAGAGGACAGUAACAAUAGAAAAGAAGCAACUGGAGAUAGAGGAGAAAGGUGUCCGGCUCAAACUGACCAUUGUGGAUACGCCUGGUUUUAAUGAUGCGGUCAACGCCGAGAACUGCCACAUCGCACUACUGGAGUACAUUGACCGACAGUUCAAGCAGUUUUUCGAAGAUGAGUCCGGGUUGAACAGGAGAAAUAUUCUUGACAAUAGAGUCCACUGUUGUCUGUAUUUUAUCUCCCCAUACGGCCAUGGACUGCGACAGAUCGAUGUCCAGACAAUGAAAAAGUUGCACAACAAGGUGAAUAUAGUCCCACUGAUUGCUAAGGCUGAUAUUCUCACCAAAGAUGAGCUCAAGAGGAUGAAAAAUAGAAUUUUACAAGAGAUUGAGGAGCAUGGUAUCCGAAUCUACGAGUUCCCCGACUGUGACAGCGAGGAGGAUGAGGAGUUCAAACAACAAGAUAGCGAGCUGAAG